AUGUACAGUUUAUUUGUGAUAGGGACUUAUUCGGGUCCAUUAGAUGAAGAGGACGAGGGGGAAGAACAAACUUUUCGAAAACCUAAAUACUACCGAGGGAGAGAUGGUCCAAAGUUUCGCGUCAUGAACUUCACGAAAGACUACGAGUAUCGUCAGUAUGAACAUGCGACGUGGAUUUCAGCCCGAAUGGAAAAAAUGGACGUCAACAAGGGACUCAGCAAAGGUGAAAAGACCCUCGCUCGCUAUUUCAAUGGGAAAAACGGGCCGGAAAAAUUCAUGGAUUUGACCUGUCCGCUUAAACUGCGAAUGGAAUUGGGAGAAGACGAAGAAUUGGGCGUCGGAGAGUUCGUCCUAUCGCUGCAUCUUCCCUAUGAAAAUUCAAACCGGCCUCCAGCUCCAAGAGAAGGUGGCUUGUUUAUUCAAGAUAUGGCCGAGCAUUUUGCUUACGUGUCAAGCUUUGAAGGGUUUGCCACUGAAGAGAAAUGGCUGGAGGAAAUCAUGACUUUGAAGAGGGUUUUAGAUAAUGAGAGAAAGAGGUACGAUAAAGAAGUGGUCUUCAUUGCGAGGUAUGAAAAUCUUCUUCACCUGGGGAAGAAGAGAAACGAAAUCAUAUUUGUCGUUGCGAACGAUUAAGUGAGGCUAAAAGAAGUGUAGUUCAGAAUAGAACUCAAACUGAACUUGUAACUCUUCCGAUUCUUAUUUUAAGAAUUGUGUUAUUGGAAAUAUUUUGAAGGAUUUCAAAAAUGUUAUUGAACUAGUCUUUCCUAUUUGACUACAGAGGGAAAUAAAACACAGGGAACAAGUACACUCAAUGUACUGUUACUCAUUGUCACCGAUAGUUGAAAAAUUUUUACUUGAACCAGUUUUAAGAGCCCUUGCACCUCCCAUUAAUAAAACAAACAAGUUUAAUCAUCAGA